UGGUACACGUACGAUGGAUAGGAGAGACGUGAACACACACUAAUGUGAAGACGCACGGCACUUGUGCACAGCAUUUACAUGCAUUACCAAUCAAUCCGCUGCAACUUGUUGACUGAUACGGCAAGUGAAAACAAACAGUCUUUCUUGCAGGAGCCUAACAACCCUUCAAGCCACAAUGACAGUCUCUAGAUCUUUUCCAUGACUGAUUUCCUCUCUGGACUAUGACAGCGCCCAUGACAGCCCUCGGUAUGGGAAACCAACGAUACUUUGACGUCUACCUGGACGACCCCAGUUCCAGUGAAGAUGAAUACGUUGACCUCAGUCGACCUUUGAUGUCCCCAAGGAAGUUUGCUCGCAGAAUACCCGCACGCCCCACCCCGGUGAAGACGAACACGCCAGACACAAAACUACCAAAAAGGAAGCCGGUAUGGUACUUUAAGAGGAAGAAGGAUUGCCUCCAGGCUUUCUAUGUUGUCAUGAUCAUUAUGGUGAUUGUUCUAUUUGCCUUAGUUUUGAUGAGGAUCUUGAAGGAUGCCGCCAAACACCGGACCAGUGAUGACGAAGAUACAAAUCAUCUAUCUGCCAUUGCCUCAUUCGGGAACUUUGCCAUGGGUAGGCCUUUUGGGAUCGGCAUGCCGAUUAAACCCUCGGAAAAACCCACUGUGUCUUCCAAUUUGAAAGAACCUCCAAAGACCCCCACUGUUGCUAGUCAAGAUGAAGAUGAACCAUCCAAAGCUGAUGCUGCUAACCCGCAGGAAGAGCCUCAAAGAACAGUACUACCUUGUACCAAGUACACUCUCCAGGAUGUCUGGAUCCAGAACAUUCCACAGCUACAGAUAGAGUCAGGCAUCAGACUCUUGGAUGUCAACCAAGACAGUGUGCUAGAUGUGAUCAUAGGAUUUGCAACAGAUGUCGGUUCAUAUUUUGCUGAUGAGUACCUACUAUGUUCCAUUUACUUCAACGGAUCAACACCAUGUUUUGGAGGAGUCCUAGCGUUGGAUGGAAUCACUGGUCAGGAGCUCUGGAGGCACUAUACCAGUAUGGAAGUCUUUGCCGUUAACUGCAAUGGUGACCUGACCGGGGAUGGGGUCAACGACUGUGCCAUAGCAGGCAGAGCUGGGGUGAUGGAAUUAGUUGAUGGAGCUAGCGGGAUACUACUUUGGAAGUAUCAUGUACAGGAAUCAGACGAAGCUCUCAGCAACUUCUACACGGCCCAGUUCAUCCAUGAUGUCGAUGACGACGGUGUGAGAGAUCUGCUCAAUGUCCUGGGGGGUGACCCUAUCAGAAAACCAGGUGCAGAGGUGGAGCACAGUGGAAAUCUGAUGAUACUGAGCGGAUUUGAAGGUAGCGUAAUCAGUAGGUGUGAAGUACCCGACAGGAUGGAAUCAUACUAUUCACCACAGAUUUACUACCAGCAAGGUGGGAAAGCGAUGGUUCUCUUUGGAACAGGAGGAGAGACAGUUGGAGGUUCCCUUUGGGCUUUACCCUUAGAAGAUAUCAUUAUUUGCAACAUGAGUCAGGCGAAGGUCAUCUAUACUGACCCUUACAAGGGUGUGAUGACGCCCCCUGUACUUGUUGAUCUGACCGGAGAUGGCGUAAAGGACAUCGUUAUGUCCAUGUUUAACUCAACCAUUGUUGCGUUUAAUGGUCAGAGCUAUGAACAGCUGUGGAAUUACACUUUGCCUUCUUCAGAAUCAUACAGUACUCCAGCUGCAGGGUUUUACAACGAUGAUGAUGUUCCUGACUUCAUGGUCGUCUACAACUAUGGGCCUGGCUACCCUCUCUACUACUACGUACAGAUUAAUAUCUUGGAUGGAAGGAAUGGACAACCUCUUCUCCAGAAAAACAUCAUUAGCUCAGGUUCUACAACCACUUCUCCCUUGACUGUAAGUACUGAGGGAUAUGGCAAUGAUGCAUACUUCUACUGGAGACUAGGUUGUGAAGGGCAUGAGCAAGAGACAGAGGCCUUUCAUUUUCUUGGAGAAGAAGUUUCUGUUAAAGAUCAAGGCAAAAAAUCCCUGAGUCGAACCAAUUUUUGUCAGGAGAGGUUCAAUACAGGAUUUGUGACGACGGCAAGCCUACUGAAUCAGCACAUGGAUGCUCCUGGGCAGAGUAUCUAUACUUCAGCUGACCGCUUUGCAGAUGAGCACAGAUAUGAAGUCAAUGCUACUCGUAUGGCCAUGGACUACCUGGACAAAUACCCUGAAGUAAUAAAUAUUGUACUCAACGCACAGAAAGAGCAGAACGCACAGAAAGAGCAGAACGAGCAAAAAUACGACAAGGAGCAGAAAGAAAACAACGAGCAGAAAUACGACAAGGAGCUGAGAGAAAACAAUGAGCAAGCAUCGGUAGAACCAUCCUCACCAAAGAAACAACAUCAGACUCCCAAGCUCACAACCGCAUCUCCACACACCGAGACACCUACACUUGAUUUCCAGAGUGAGUAUUAUAAACUGAUGGCCCGAUUGUCUGCCUUAUCGGACAAUCUCCAGGAUCAAGGUGAUUCUCCCGGUGAUGAGGAUGACGGAUUACCUGACCAAAGGGAUCCUUCAAACAAAGAGACCAACUAUGAACUAAGUACUAAGAAAAGUGAUGAUAGGAGCUCACCAGAACUUAGAGCAAAUGAAGCAACAAUGACCACUACCUUACCGCCGGAUGAUGAUUCUUUGUUGGCUGGAGAUAUUGCAGGGAAGCUCAAGGAUCUUGGUCUCCCGGAUUCUUGGUUUGGAUCUCCAAAGGAAAAGAAAUCGGGAGGAGAAACGGGCGAUGAAAAUCCCUUCGAUGACCUUGAUGGCCUUUCAGAGGAGGAGAUUGAGGACAUCAUCAAAGACCUCCUUGGACUGGACAGUGAAGGGAAGAUUGGAGGAAAGACCAGUAGCUUCCUGUCCAAGCGCAAUGCCAGGUUCUUAGAUGCAAGGUCCAGCAGGUCCAAGGAUGAGCAGCACCUGAGAUCACGCCGUCAUGCUGGGCUCCAUGAUGCAGGAGGGAUCCAGAGACUCAUCUCUACAGGAACCCUGGCUCCACCUCUUAGUCCAGUCCUGGAUGACCUACCCAGCAACCCUAAUAGCAUCGAUGUCAUCUUUGCGACAUAUUGGUUCUAUCCUAAACCCAACAGGGUCAUCACAGCUAAAGAGCAAAAAUGCAUUGACGAUUGGAUGGAUAAUGAAAAACAGAGAAUGGAUCCAAGCAAUGAGUAUUACGGGCUUGACCAUGAUGCUUACGAUCAUCUGGGAUCAGAACAUUGUAGGAAGUUAGCUGCUUCUGUUCCAGCGCCCCCAACCGAUGCGCCUACCGACCCUCUCAACAUCUACCCCUUCAACCUGGAUGCAGGGGAGAUGACAGUCUACAGGCUACGCCUCUCGUGUGACUGCGGUCUUAAGGAGGCGCAAAGGACCAACCCAGGGGCGCGGUGUGCCAAAAUCUUACCCUACCACCAGCAGGGUUGGGGUGCAUACUUGGGUACCUAUGGAAACACCUACUUCACAGAGAGAACAAAAAAAGAUGGAGAUGAUUAAAUUUAGUUGUAAAGAGGCCCUUAAGGACAAACAUACACUUCCACAGGCACUGCCGACAACUGACAGAAGAAAAUAAAGAGAUAAAUAUAUUUGUUCAUUCUUUUUUAGAGAGAGGAAUUGUAUAAUAUAUAGAUUUUAUGGGCAUUAAUUAAUUUGUAAAAGCAUUAUUAUAAAAAAGAGGGUAAUAUUAAAGCGAUUGCGUUAAUAAGGUAUGCAUUCCAAUUCCAUGGUCUAUAAAAACAUGUAACCAGGUGCUUGAUUUGUUAGGGAAGAAGAUAUAUAUUUUAAUCAUAUCCAUGAUAUAUGAAAACAAAUGUACAUAGAAGUGUAGAGAAUAUCCUCGAAGACUGGUCGAAAGUUUUGGUUGCCUUAUUUUUCCAUUUAACUCAUAAAUCUUGUAACAAAACAUCAACAGGCAAUUCAUGUACAAUGAAGUAGUGGCAUUAUCUUGCCAGUGCGAUGGGACCUGCUGAUGUUAGAGUGCUCAAGUGAAACACCCACCUUUUUGUUCUGUUAGUUUACAAACACUACUGUAUAUGCAAUUGUAUCCUUGUAUCAAGUUUGAAUAAGCAUGCAAGGCUGAAGGGAUUAGUUUUAGGGUGUAUAAGAUCAAAGGUCAAAGUUCACACGGUCAUAAAAGUGUUAAUGACAAUUAUUAAUUAUAUUGUUACCGCGAUAACUUGUAAAGUAUUUAAACAAUUCAAACCAAACUUUGAGUUGAAGUAUGAGUGAAAGGGCAAGGAUGUACUUAGAUUGUGGGUGUAUGAGGUUUGAGGUCAAAGGUCACAGGGUCAUAAUGGUGUUAACAAAAGCCAGAAAAUAUGUUUUACUGUUUGUACAAUUUGCAAUUAAACUCAGCUUUUUAGGAAUGGUCCAGAAGGUUUCUAACCUCCACCUUGGAAUGAUCAGCAAGAGGACAUUACAACUGUGACCUUUGAGAAUUUUAUCAAAGACCAGAGGUCACAUUGACAGCUAUUGCUUUCAGGAGAUUAACUUGCUUACCGAAGAUCCUAGAGAUAUAUAUUCUGUAUUGAGAUCAAAAAGUUUAAAUCUCAAAUGUCUUAUCCUAAUUGUUAUCACCAUAUACAGCAUUUCCAAUGUGUUACAAUAACAGUACUUUCCAUGAAAUGUCCAUGUAUAUUACUGGACACUGUAGGCAUGCCAUUUAAAUUGAUUCAGCCAUGUGCUCUUUAGAGAUGACUAUAUGAGUGAGGCAGAUGUUUGUGCUCUGUAAGGCUAUUUUAAUGAAAUUAGGAAAAACAGGGGUCACAAUGUCAUGCAUAAAACACUAAGCUGUGUGUAUAGACAAUGAUAAAGAAAAUAGUGGGGUUGCGUAUUUCAACUUCUUGAGUUUUUUUGGAGGUCGAAUUAGUUAUUGCAGAGGCACAUCAAUUGGUGUAAUAUCAUGAAAUUCUAUCUGAUAAAGAAUAAUCAUAUUUGUAUAUUUUUGUAUUAUUUGUAUAUUUUGUUCUGUCCAUCUUUUGUUAUGCAAUAACACAGGGUGGGUAGGAACACUGGGGUUAAUAAAGUGUAAAUUUAUUUAGGCAAUUUUUAUUUCUCGGGAAUCGUUCAGAUUCUUUCCAUUUGCUAUAUACAUGAACAAGUUGACAUGAUGUUAAUUUAUUUUCAGUGUAGCUUGUCACAAAUAAAUGAAUUCUCUGGUCACAUAAAAACAUAACAGUAAAAAAGUUAACAGUAAAAUGUCUACUCUUGUAUUGGGAGAAAACAAAUUAUUAUUAACAAAUAUCAAAUGUUGUUCCUAUUCACCCUGGUGUUCUUUUUCUACUUGUUUUACAUUAUGAAGAAUUUGUAUAUUUAUGUUCAGAUUUUCAUUUGGUAUGUAAGAUAAGAAAAUCUUGUUUUAAAAUACUGUUGCUUAGUUAUACAUGAAAUGGUUAUUGUAUCUAAUCUUGAGAAACACAAAUAAAUGCUGGUGGAAAUAUUAAAGAUAAGGUCAUUGUAUUGUACAGCUCCACCAGUGAGAUGAUGAUAAAUUUGUCUUUUCUUAUGGGAUUGUAGUUUUAAAAUGUGAUGAAUAUUUUACGUAGCUUAAAGAAAUAUAAUGGCAUUAUUAUAAGGACAUGUCUGCGACCCAUCCUAUAAAGAGUUAAUAUCAAUCACAGCUUACUUGCGAUUGAUAUCUAUCGCAAUUAUGUUCAUAAAAGAUGAAAGACUGCUAACUAGCAAUUGAUUUUGAAUUAAUCACAACUUUUCUGAAGAUGGGACCCCCGAGUGCAGAAUUGAAUUAUUGUUGGUGAUGUUUGUCAAGUUGAUCAAAAGUUCUUUUUGAAAAACCUGAGAUGGUAAAUGCAUUUACCGGCUCCAUAUCCUAACGAUAUGGUUCUACCUCAGCAUGAUAUAAUUAUGAUUAUCAACAAUCAUGCCGUUUGUUCCAGACGCGGUUUUUAGUGCCACUACAUUUUGCUAAUCUACCUGUAUUUAGUAAAAUCUUCUUGUAUUGAUAGUCUGGUAAAAUUGACUCAGAUUGGAAUUUUGUUAAUGUAUGAAAAAACAUGUUUAAAUCUCCAUUACUAAAUGGUAAAAUGGUAAAUAGUUCUAUCAUUAGAGUCUUUUUACGUUACAGAUAACGUUUAGUUCACACAAAUGUACAAACAAGAUAUUCAAUAUAACAUUCAACAACAAUAGGUGGCUUGAAUAUAAAACAAUUUGGCACAAGAUGACUGUUUGACUAGCACUGUUUCGUUUUUAUUGUUCCCAUAGAGGCUGAUUGACAUAUACAUGUAUACAGUACUAAUAUUAUAUUCCUUGAUUAAUUUUACAGCAUUUUAUUUGCAAUAUUUUUGUACAGUAUGUAAAAUUGGGAGCAUGGCAUAUUAACAGUAUAUAUUCGCUUUAUCAUUUAGCUCAUUUUGCAAUCGUCUAUACUGAUUGUUAAUACGACAAACUUUGUAAUAACUGAAUUUUUCUUCUGAUGCCUGAGGAUUUAUCAUUCUAAAGAGGGUUAAUGCAGUAUAUUGUAGAGGGUUUGGGUCUAUAGUGGAUACUUCGCGAGACUAAUGUACAGAUUGUUUCGGGAUCGAGUCCUGCAGUAAAACUAAUGUCCUUUGGCAAGACAUGGAUAGAUCUACAUUUGCAACUCUCAAGUCUAGUGAGGUAAAUGGGUACUUGGCGUGAAUUAAUUCCUUGAACUGCUAGAGCGCCAUAAUGCCGGCCAUGCUCAAGUGGAGGUAAUACUUGUGGAGCACCAGGUCUCUAUUUCACAAAACUUGUCAUCAGUGACAAAUAAUAGUUUUUGUUAUUAGCUACUGAAAUUCUUGCUUUCGAUUGGGUAUCAGCAGAUCGUCAUUGUCAGGAGUGUCAAAUUUAACAGUCAUGAGCACUUUACAAGUACCCACUAUUAUUAUUAUUAUCUUCAUAAAAGUUUCGGAUGGAGAUCAUUUAUUGUAAUCGUUUCUCUUUAAACCUCAGUUAUUGUUUUUGUCAUUUUAAUUCUAAGAUGUAUAUUGAAUCCAUAAAUUGAUGAAAUAAAUACUGCCAAUCUAAAUGAACU